AUGACUGAGUCUCUUCCGGAACCGGAGGGCAAGCAAACUGCCCUCCAGACCGCCAAGGACCUUUUCGCCGGCGCCGUUGGAGGUGUGGCCCAAGUUCUCAUCGGUCCGCUUACAGACCUCCAACCAGUACCCUCGGCCCUCUCGGCCGCCACCUCCAUCUACAAGACGGAGGGUGCUCUCGCCUUCUACAAAGGUACUCUCACGCCUCUUCUCGGAAUCGGCGCUUGUGUCUCCAUCCAGUUUGGUGCUUUCCACCAGGCACGCCGCUGGUUCGAGCAACGCAACGCCGCCGAAGGGCAAUCACCCACCCUCUCCUACGGCCAGUACUUCGCCGCCGGCGCCUUUGCCGGUGUUGCCAACUCCUUCCUCUCCGGCCCUAUUGAGCACGUCCGCAUCAGGCUACAGACGCAACCCCACGGUGCCAAUCGUCUCUACUCCGGCCCGCUAGACUGUGUGCGAAAGCUCAGCGCGCACGAUGGCGCCCUCAAGGGUAUCUACCGCGGCGAGGCCAUCACCAUUUGGCGAGAGGCCUUCGCAUACGGAUUCUGGUUCUUGAGUUUCGAGUAUCUCAUGAACGCCGAUGCCAGGCGCAACGCCAUCGAAAGGAAGGAUAUCCCCAGCUACCGCGUUGCCUUUUACGGUGGUCUCGCCGGAGAGGUGCUGUGGCUUGGCAGCUACCCCUUCGAUGUCGUGAAGAGCAAGAUGCAGACCGACGGAUUCGGUGAAAACAGGAAGUACAAGACCACGAGGGACUGCAUCGCGCAGACCUUCAGGACUGAGGGUGCAAGGGGUUUCUGGAGAGGCAUUGGCCCCACGCUGCUGAGGGCCAUGCCCGUCAGCGCGGGCACAUUCGCGGUUGUAGAGAUGACGAUGAGGGCGAUCAACUAG